AUGGCCACCGAUCAAAUUAGUCCCAGCUUCGAGGACAGAACUGACUUUCAGAACGCUGAUAGAGGAUUUGUUGGUAAGCUCAGUCCUUGCAUUAUCCGAGACAAAGACGGCCGCGUCGUCUGGAACAACGACCAAUACGACUUCCUUCAAGCUGAAUGUCCACCUACCGCCAAUGCAAAAUUGUGGCGGCAAGGGCAGCUGUGCGCGAGACAAGGCCUCUUCAAGGUCACGGAAGGCAUCUAUCAAGUCCGUGGCCUUGAUAUCUCCAAUAUAACCUUCGUCGAAGGACGCACGGGCGUUCUCGUUGUCGACCCUCUUGUCUCCAUCGAGUGUGCGGCAGCGGCGCUUGCCUUAUAUCGCAAACACCGAGGCAGUGUCGAGGUCAAGGGUGUAAUCUAUUCGCACUCACAUAUGGACCACUUUGGUGGUGCUGCUGGCGUUCUCCCGCAAAACAAAAAUCUCAAGAUUCCGAUCUAUGCUCCAAAUGGCUUUAUGGAAGAGGUGCUUUCAGAAAACAUCUUUGCCGGUCCAGCCAUGCGCCGCCGGGCGGAAUACAUGUUUGGUUCCCAUUUACUCAAGAAGCCUGAUGGGCAGCUGGGCACUGGACUUGGUCUAGGAUGCUCAAGUGGACAGAGUGCCAUUGUGGCCCCAACCGUUCUCGUCACGCAAACUGGCGAAGAACAUACGGUUGAUGGUAUCAGGAUUGUAUUUCAAAUGGUUCCAGGGACAGAAGCGCCAGCCGAGAUCAACUUUUACUUUCCGGACCAUCGAGCACUUUGCAUAGCGGAAUGUGCUACUCAUGUUAUGCAUAAUAUCAUCACACUCCGAGGAGCUCAAGUCCGGGAUGCUAAAGCAUGGUCCAAAUACCUUGACGAAACGAUUUCAGUGUUUGGGACAGCGGACGUCCUAUUUGCAGGACAUCACUGGCCAACAUGGGGCCGAAAAGAAAUCUGCCAGUUAUUGUCAGAACAGCGAGACUUUUACGCCUAUCUCCACGAUCAAACAGUGCGAAUGAUGAAUACAGGCCUUAGUGGCAUUCAGAUUGCAGAGCAAAUUCGACUGCCGACGAGCUUACAAAAGGCGUGGCACAUACAAGGCUUCUAUGGCUCCGUCAGCCACAACGUGAAAGCUGUCUAUCAACGAUAUUUAGGGUGGUUCGAUGGAAACCCGGCGCAUCUAUGGCAGCACCCUCCAGAGGAGGAAGGCAAGAGGUAUCUGAAAUGCUUUGGAGGAGUCGACGGGCUUGUUCAAAGGGCCCGGGAAUUCGAAGACGACAAUGAUUUGCGCUUUGCGGCGACUUUGCUGGACCAUGCCUUAUACGCUGCUCCUGCGUCGCCAGUGGUGAAGAGUGCUCUGUCCCGAGUUUUCGAGAAGUUGGGGUUUGGUGCAGAGAAUGCGACUUGGCGCAAUUUCUAUCUCACAAAGGCCCAGGACCUUCGACAGACGUCGCGGGACCAAGGCGGGCAGGGUGGAAUGACAGAUAUCCCUGCUGUUAACCCUGCAUUAUCUGUUGAUCAGUGGUUUGACUGUCUCUCCAUCAACCUUGACGGCCCAAGAUGCGAAGAAACCAAGAUGGUGCUGGACUUCUAUGUUCCAGACGAGCACCGGCGUUGGAGGGUGAAUCUGAGCAAUGGAGCUCUCACGAAUCGUUCCUUGCCCGAGGAAAGCCACUUUGAGGGCCACUCAGAUCUGAGUGUAAGCCUCUCAAAGAGGGACUUGUAUGAUGUUUUGCGAGGAAGGCUGGACUCGAUCAGCCAUAAGUCAUCUGAAUUGCAACCUCUACACAAGCUAUUGGGAUUGCUGUCGAUUUCUGUGACCCAAGCUGUGGUUUCGAGCCGUUUGUAG